AACUCAUGAUUUCCCACAAUUCCUUUCAGCGUUACAUGGCCGACGCCUACCGAUUUUUCUGCGAACUGGCUUUUUCAUCGAAUUUUGCUUAUAAUUCGUAAGCCUGUGAUCAUACAGAACCAUAAGACCAUUCUUAGACACCAAUCCGACAUGCCUAAACCAGUCUUUCCACGCCUGAAGACCUACCCGGCCAAGAGUCCAGAGAAGAAGCAGCCCGUCAUCAGCAAGUUCUUUGUCUCGCGCAACAGUAAGUCGGCAGAGGGCGCUUCUGGAACCGACGCUAGCUCCAAGAAAACGCCCGUGCCGGAUAAACCAGUUUCGUCUCUAUUUGAAAGAAAGAGGCCGGGGCAGGGUUCGCCUGGUACGAGGGCCUCGCCCCUGCCUAAACGUGUCCGCUUUGACACGUCUCCGGCAGCUGCAGCGUCCAAACCUGUAGAGGAAAAACCUAAGGAACCACCCAAACCUCCAAAACCACCAGUUGAGCUGUGUGCUUCUACCAAGAGCAAGUUGAACCAGUUUCUGCUUGGGGCCAAAGAUGUUGAUGUACCUGAGGUAAAGCAAGAGCCAGCAAAGACAGAGGAAAAGAAUGGGGAAGUGCAAGUCACAGAGACAACAGGCCAGAGUGGUGCCACUGAUGAGGUACCAUCUUCAGAGCAGGUGGCUGCCGUGGAAACAAAGCAGGUGGAGAAGACUGGAGGUCUGGAGCCCAUACCUGACCAGGAGGAAAAGAAGGCUGAACCAUGUAAUGAUGGGGGGUUCCAACCUAUCCACAACUCUGAGGCUGAACCAGAGGCAACAGAGGAGGCCACCGGAGAGAAAAUCCAGGAGGCACAGGCUGUAGGGGAGGAGGGCGACUUGUCCCAGAUAAUAGCAUCCAGCAUCAGAACUGUGGGAGCAGAGGAGGGGGAAACUGUGGAACCCAUGGAGAUAGUGAGAGAGGGAGGUGGGCAGGUACAGGUACAGGUGCAGGUGCAGGUGCAGGGUAUGGAACAAGAAGAGGUACCUAUGGAACAGGGUGAAAAUGUGGUGGAAGAGCCCAUGCAGGAGGAUCUGGGGGAGAACAUUGCUGAAGAAAGCCUGGCUGAGGCAGAAGAAGGAGCUCAAGUAGAAGAGGAAGCAGAAGAAGAAGAAAAGAAGAAGAAGAAACCUACAAAGAGAGGAAGGAAGAAAGGCAAGAAAACAGAUAGCCAGAAGGAAGGCAAAAAGGACGAGGCUCUUUCCACUACCAUUACAAAGUUGAGAAAGUCUCUGGGCAAGUCUCCUGAGAAGAAGAAAGAUGACAAGAAGGAGGAAAAGGAGGAGGAGAAGAAAUGGUGGGUGAAGGGGACAGGCUACAGGAAGAUGACUCCUCUGGAACAGCAGGUUGUGUACAUCAAGUCCGAGUACCCAGAUGCACUGUUAGUGGUGGAGUGUGGAUACAAGUACAGGCUGUUUGGGGAUGAUGCCGUGGUUGCUGCAAAAGAGCUGGGCUUUGUGAGCUACAUUGAUCACAACUUCAUGACCUGCAGCUUCCCCAACCAGAGACUGUUUGUACAUGUUAGGAGACUGGUGGCCAAAGGACACAAGGUUGGAGUUGUGAAACAGACAGAAACAGCCGCUCUAAAAGCAGCUGGAGACAAACCGAGGGACCUGUUCACCAGAGAGCUAUCGGCACUGUACACCAAGUCUACCAUGGUUGGAGAAGAUGUGAACCCAAUCCUGACUGCUAUAGAGGGGGAGGCUGACAUAGCUACAGUGGCUGCCCCCAGCACCUUCCUCAUGGCUAUUUGUGAACUACCAGUACAAGAUGCCAUCCUGGCUAACAGAGGGGCCAUUCAGAUUGGGAUUAUGGCAGUGCAGCCUUCCACAGGAGAGAUCAUCUAUGAUGGGUUUGUGGACAACAAGGCCAGGAGUGAGCUGGCUACCAGGAUCUCCCACAUCCAGCCUGUGGAGCUGCUCGUUCCACCCAAACUGUCAGAUGAGACAGAGAGACUAAUCGCAGAGAUUACAGCUAAUAGCCCACAUGAAGAUGACAGAAUGCGGCUGGAGAGGAUUGCCCACAAGGCCUUCAACUAUCAGCAUGCCGUGGACAGGGUCGUGGAGUUCUAUGGAGAGAAAACAACGGAAGAAAGAAAACAAGAGAAGACACCAAAACAAGAGACACCCAAGCAGGAGACACCCAAGAAGGGAAAGAAAAAGUUGAAGAAGGAAGGGAGUCCUCCUGAAACUGCAGAGGAGAAGGAAACCGUGCUGGCUCAGAUCUUCCAGCUGAACUUCCCACAGGCUGUGGUGUGUUGUCUGUCUGCCCUCAUCAUCUACCUGAAGGACUUCGGCUUGCAGAGGGCUCUACGGAUCACUAAGAACACCCAGCCAUUCCAGCAGGAGCUUGAGCACAUGAUCCUCAACAGCACCACUCUCAAGAAUCUGGAGAUUUUUGCCAACCAGACCGAUGGUAAUGAACGUGGCAGUCUGUUCUGGGUGUUGAAUCACACCAAGACCAAGUUUGGUGCCCGCACACUUAAGACAUGGCUGGGGAAACCUCUAUUGAAGCUCAGUGAGAUUGAGCAGAGACAGGAGGCAGUGACAGAGAUCACCCAGGACAGGCUGGAGGUGCUGAGGAAGGCUGAAGUCAUGCUGGGCAAGCUGCCUGAUCUGGAGAGGGGCCUGGCCUCUAUCUAUCACAAAAAGUGUUCCACUGCUGAGUUUUACAGCAUUGUGAGUGCCCUGGACAAAGUGGCUGUGGAACUACAUGGGUACCAGAGUAUUGCAGACAACCAGCUCAAGUCCAACCUGCUGAAGACCAUCCUCAUUGAAGUGCCAGCCUUCCUGGAUGGGACAGCAAAGUUCCUGUCUCUGGUCAAGGAGAAAGCUGCAAAGCUUGGUAUGAAGAAUGACCUGUUUGAGGACUGGAGUCAGUUCCCUGCCGUGAUGAAGACUAAAGAGGAGAUUGACGUCGUGACUGCUGCGCUGCGGGACCAUCGGAGGGAGAUCCGACUCACACUGAAGAACCCGUCACAGGACUACGUCAUGGUGGGAGGGGUGGAGUUCCUUGUGGAAGUCAGGAACAAUCUCCUGGAGCUGGUCCCUCAGGAUUGGACCAAAAUCAGCGCUACGAAGACUGCCACCCGGUACCACACACCUGUAGCCCGUGAGAUGUACACCAUGUUACAGAGGCUGAGGGAACAGCUCACUCUGGACUGUCAGCAAGCCUGGCUCAACUUUGUAGACACUUUCUGUGAAAACUACUACCAGUACAAGAAAGCUGUGGAUCAUCUGGCAACUCUGGAUUGUCUCUUCUCCCUGGCCAAUGUGGCUAAACAAGAUGGCUACUGCAGACCAUUUUUCAUUGACGGUGGAACCCUGAUCCACAUCCAACAUGGCCGCCAUCCCGUCAUCGAUGUGCUACUGGAUGAGCAGGAACAGUUUGUGCCCAACUCCACUCAGAUGGAUGGUGAUGGAAAGAGAUGCAUGGUGAUCUCUGGUCCCAACAUGGGAGGCAAGUCAUCCUACAUCCGCCAGGUGGCGCUGAUGGUCAUCAUGGCCCAGGUCGGGAGCUAUGUUCCUGCAGAGUCAGCCUCACUGGGGAUUGUGGAUGCUGUGAUGUCAAGAAUGGGAGCGAGUGACGACAUCGCCCACGGUCGCAGUACCUUCAUGGUGGAGCUUCAGGAGGCAGCGGAGAUCCUGAACCACGCCACGUCCCGUUCCCUGGUCAUCCUGGACGAGCUGGGCAGAGGCACCAGCACCCAUGACGGUGUGGCCAUCGCGUACGCAACCCUGCAGCACCUUGUCACUGAGGUGAAGUGUCUGACUCUGUUUGUGACCCACUUCCCACCCCUGGGUGAGCUGGAGGCUCUGUACCCGGAGUCUAUGUGUAACUACCACAUGGCUUUCCUGGUCAUCAACCAGGGACAAGAAAUGGUAAGUGACCAAACAACAGCAGAUGGUAGCAAGAAUGAGGCGACCAAACCCAAGGCACCGUUACCAGAGUUGGUGACGUUCCUGUACCAGCUGGUUCCCUCCAUGGCAGCCCACAGUUAUGGCCUGAACGUGGCACAGCUGGCUAAUGUUCCUCCCAGUAUCCUACAGGUAGCCGCUGUCAAGUCUAAGGAGUUAGAGACAGUGGUACAGGAGAGGAGGUCUGAGCGUGAGCAGUUCCGUAUGAUGUGGAACGCUGAGUUUGUGGAGGCAGAAGUGGAUGAGAUGAUGGUGGAGGAUGGGACCAUGGUCUCUCAGGAGAUGGCAGCAGCAGCAGGGGCCCCUCCACAGCUGGAGGCUGUUGAAGUAAAUGUAGAAGGGAUGGAAGUGGAUCCUCCAGCAACUCAACAGCAGGCUGAGGAACUCAUUCAGCAACAAGCUCCUGAGACUACUACUGAACAGCAGGCUGAUGGAUCUGCCCAGCAACCAGCUGAGGAACUUCCUCAAGUGGGAGAACCUCGUCAGGCUGAUGAACCUCAUCAGGCUGAAGAAACUCAGCAGGCUGAAGAACCCCAUCAGAUGGAAGAAACUCAACAGGCUGAAGAACCCCAUCAGAUUGAAGAACCCCAUCAGAUUAAAGAACCCCAUCAGAUUGAAGAACCCCAUCAGGCUGAAGAACCCCAUCAGGCUGAAGAACCCCAUCAGGCUGAAGAACCCCAUCAGGAUAAUCAAGCACCUCAAGCUUAUGAACCUCCCCAGGCUGAUGUGGCACCUGAACAAGAGGAUGAAAAACCUGCUGGACAUCAGGCUGCAGAUCCUCCUCAGCUUCAGGCAGUCCCAGACCAACAAGAAGGAGACCUCGUUGAGCAGCAGAUCGACAACCCUGCAGAACUUGCUGGUCCACCAGAACUGCAGGAUGAGACGGUACAACCUCCAGAGCAGCAGGCCAUAGAUCCUACUGAAGCCCAGGCAGAAGAUGUCACAUUAAACAACACAGGAGAGCAAAACACUGCCAUGCAGCUUACACAGGAGAGUCCAGACCUGCAGGAUACCGUACCUUCUACACUUGAAACUACAGACUCUGUAGAGAAAAAGAUUGCAGAGCCCCCAGCUUUACAGGCAGUGGAGCCAUCUGGCACAGCAUAGUUACAUACCUGUGCUAUAUUGGCCUUUUAACCAUUCCUGAAUGUUGAAAAAACAUUUUUACAGAGAUAUUACCAGUAUUUUGUGUUGGACAUUCUGCUCUGGUCAGCUGUAGUAGUUUUAGCCUUGAAUUGAAGAUUGUACUAACCACUAACACAAAGCAGAGUUGAUCACUCUAGUAGAGGGUAAUUUUAUAGCACUGCAUUUCUUCUAGAAAUAACAAAAUUGACUAAUGGUGAUGUAAUUUCUUUUUGCUUGACACAUUGAAUUAAUUUUGUCUACAGGUACUUUGUAGCUGUUGGAUGAAAUUUGAAUGGCUACCAAUGAAAUUAGAAUCGUGGCAAAGUGAUUGUUUAACUCCCUGAAUUAGAGAGAUAGCAAUGCACAGAAAUACUGUAGAUCAGGGUGAGGCAAGGAUAGAGUGUUUGAUCCUAUUGCUUAAUUUGUAAAAUUGCAUAGAAUCCUAAUUAUGGAAAUUCAGCUUCAAGCUGCCAUACUCGGUAAUAAUGAUGAAUGUAAAAGACAAAAAGCUGCAGUAGUUGGAUUUAGACAGAAUGACGACUGUUUAACAUUUCUUCAAGUCUAUAACAUUGUGUUGUAGUGGAGAAUUGUUGAAACAUUUCACCUAACUUUCUGUGGUAUGGAUAUUUCAUGGUUCCUUGUCAGAAAUAAUUUUUUUUAAAUAAUCAGAACAAAAUUUUUGAAUUAUGACUAUCCAAGGAAGUCUCUGACAUUAAUGUGUACAGGCAUUGAGCAGGUAGAGACUACAAAUUUAAGGUGAUUGCUGCACUAAUUAUGAAUGUUAGUAUGAUUAAUGAUUUUCUUCUUGGGGGAAUAUACUUAAUGCAAUUCCUUGGAUACAAGUGGAUAAUGUGGCACAUACGGAUUGUCCCUUGGAGACCAACUACUUUUCUUGCAAUUGAUAUAUACUUGUAUCUUUAUGUAGCUGCAAUAUAUAAGCAUACCAUUGUUAAAAUUUUGGGUAGAUUGGGAUUUUUCAAUUAUAAGAGCACAUAUGCUGGGCAAAAUAUAGACAAAUCAGGGUAUCACAAUGUAGUGCUUUUAUGCUUUGAAAUAAAUGUGACUGGGAA